GAGGCGGCUUGACGAUGUAAUCGGUGUUGACACGCUUGGUGUUUGGAUCUUUAAAAGAGCCUCACAGACCGGGAGUCCUGCACACAGGAACCUGCUCACACACAGGUGGAGGUGAGAAGAUGAACUCCCUGCAGGUGGUCUCCCUGGCUCUGCUGCUUGCUGCUGCAGCCAGCGCUCAAGUCUUGAAGUUUGGCAAAUGUCCACAACCUGCAGUUCAGGCCAACUUCGAUGCUGCCAGGUACCUUGGUAAGUGGUAUGAGAUCGAGAAGCUGCCCACGACCUUCCAGAAAGGUCAAUGCAGCACUGCUGUCUACACCCUGAAGAGUCCUGGAGUCGUCGGAGUCCUGAACAGUGAAGUGCUUGAUGAUGGGACUGUUAAUUCCAUCGAGGGCACCGCUGCAGUCAAGGACCCUGCUGAGCCCGCCAAGCUGGAGGUCUCCUUCUUCGAAAACUCUCCUCCUGGUCCCUACUGGGUCCUGUCCACUGACUACAAGAGCCACGCUCUGGUCUACGGCUGCACCGACUUCAUCCUGUUCCGCAUGGAGUUUACCUGGAUCAUGAGCAGGGGGCCCACCCUGCCCGAGGAGACCGUCCAGGAGCUGCGCAGCAUCCUGUCCUCUGUGGGAGUCGACAUCAACAAGUUGGUCCCCACCAACCAGGAUAAGGCGUACUGCGCCCCCCUGAACCAGUAA